GAUGGCCCCGCCGCGGCGAGUGAGGGGCUCGGGUCCGAGAUAUUCAAAGAACACUGUAGGAAGAACACAGUCCACGAAAGAUGAAGCUGGCCAAAAGUACAAGCCUACUGAUAUAUUUGAUUUUCCUGAUAAUUCUGGGAUCUCAAGCAUCGGCAGGCUGGGUGAAAAUGAGAAAGAUGAAGAACCCUAUGAAACCUUUGACCCUCCUUUACACAGCACUGCUAUAUAUGCUGAUGAGGAAGAAUUCUCCAAGCACUGUGGGUCAUCUCUCCCCUCAACUCCUCAAGGAAAAGAAGCAAAAAGAAGUUCGGACACUUCUGACGUUGAAGCAAGUGAAAAUGAGUCUGUAAAAAUUAGUGCAAAAAAGCCAGGAAGAAAACUCAAGCCCAUUAGUGAUGAAUCUGAAAGCACUGAAGAAAGUGAUGUAAGAAGAAAAGUUAAACCAGCAGAGAACAUAAGUACACAACGUGAAGCUGUUUCAGCUACAGCAUCUUCAGAACCUUCAGAGAAACCAGCUGAAUCAGUCACGCUUAAAAAGAAAACUCAGAAAAAGAAGAUGUUUCGUGGCAAAAGGAAGAAACCAAGAAGUGAAGCCACACAGCAAGAUACUUCCGACUGUUUACCUAUUUGGUGUUUAAAAGAAAAGAAAACCAGUGACAUCAUGGAGUUAGAUGUCGUUUUGUCUGCAUUUGAGAACAUCCUCCUAGAGUAUAAGCAAAAAACAGACUCUAGAAUUUGUAAGGAAGCCAUCAACAAAUUUCAUUCUAAUUUGAAAGAACUCAUCAAAAUGCUUAAAGAAGUCCAGAUGUUGAAAACUCUGAAAAGGAAGAACACUAAGAUGAUCUCAGAUAUCGAAAAGAAAAGGCAACGUUUGAUUGAAGUCCAGGAUGAACUGCUUCGGUUAGAACCAGAGCUGAAACAACUACAAAUAAAGUAUGAUGACCUUAAGGAGAGAAAAGCUUCCCUUAGGAAUGCAGCAUAUUUCUUGUCUAAUUUAAAACAGCUUCAUCAAGAUUAUUCAGAUAUUCAAGAGAAAGAACCAAAUGUAAAGGAAACGUAUGAUUCGUCCAGCCUUCCAGCUCUGCUAUUCAAAGCAAGACCCCUUUUGGGAGCUGAAAACCAUCUGCAAAAUAUCAACUAUCAAUUAGAGAAGCUCCUUGACCAGAAAUGAGACCAGUCUACUAAAGUGUGCACAUAGAAAGAUUAGUCUCAUGCUACUGCCUGUUACCUUCUGAAACUGUAUGUAUUUUUCCACAAAGGAGAUGGGGGAGAAAACCGCCAAACUUUAUUACUAUUAAUUUGAAUUGAAUAUUCCUUUUAAUUGUUACAGCAACAUUCUCAGGUACAUUUAAAAAAAGUAAACUUGUCUAAUUGUUCAGGCUGGUUGUAUG